GCAGAGCCGCUGGUCGCUCGCGCGGCUGCGGCGCCGCUUCGCAGGUCCUCGGCUUCCCCUCGCCCCUAGUCCCUUUUCUGCCCCUGCUGCGUGAGCCGGAUCGGCGUCUCCGGGCAGGCUUCGAGGUGGCUGGGGCGCGGGAAGGAGAUAUUUUCCAGGACUAAUAUAGCUGAUGAAAUACCUGACCUUUUCUGCUCAAGAGACUGUUUUAAUUGCUUAAUUUUCCCCAUAAAUGUGGGAAGUCAGAACAUCAAAGGUUCUCAUAAUAAAAAGUAAUAGGGGAGACAAGGAUAUUGCAGCUCUUGCCGUGUGCCGUAUCCUAACCUGGAACAGACCCUCACUAAAGGAAAAACUAAAAAGGAGUUCUUCAGGCAGAAAGAAAAUGAUUCCUGAUGGAAGCUCAAAGAUGCAGGAAGUAAUGAAGAGCGUUGGACAGCAUUUGUUCAGUGCUCAGCACAGAAGUAUGAUCAGAGUGAGUAGAAAUCAGUUAAAUACCACUAGUCUGAUGGACCGUUUCUUGCAAGAUGUGCUGCGACACCACCCAAAUUAUUAUCAAGAAAACAGAUCAGUGCAACGUGUGAAUCCUGCGUCAGCUUCUGAAGUGAUUCCUCUGGAUAAUUCUGUUUCUGAAGAACAGGAUGGGGAUGGUGCAGAAACCGAAGAAGAUACACGUGCUAAGAGUUUUGAGCCUACUGAAGCAUUACAUUCCAUACCUAGUAUAUCUCAGCAGUGUACAGAGGAGGUGCCAGUUCGACCAUCAGUUAUUCAGAAACUGGAGAAAGGACAGCAGCAGCCCUUGGAGAUUUUUUAUAAAAUUGGGACUGGUAUGAAAACAUGUAAUUCAAUAGAUAUUGGUCAAGCUACAAAUAAUGGAAACAACUUAACACGUCCCCCAGUGAUUUUUAAUGCUCCUCCUAGUCGUUUACCUGAAAGUUCUUACGAUAGCCCAGUCAAAACUAAUAUGACUGGGUUACCACCAGCAGCCCAUUUGGAUUCAGUUAACAAAUGUGACCCAAACAAAGUUGACCUUGAGCCAGACAGGGUCUCUAGAAAGCCUACAGUAUCAUUCAAUCUAGAAACUUCUUCAGUUUCAUAUCAGAAACCUAAAGAAUCCAACAGUGAAUCUUUAGGUAUAAAUUCAGAUAAAUUGGUUUUACAGAAAGAUGUAAAAUCUCAAGGCAAAAUUUUGUCAGCUGGUUCUAAAUUCCGUGAACCUGUGGAUACUGAGGGGCCCUUAAGAGUUGAUUCUCCUCAUGAGUUAGAAGUAAACUCAGCAGUAAACGUGAAUAACACUGACAUGCCUUCUAAUAAAGAAAUAUGUGAGGAUGCCAUUCCAAAAUACCAUGAGGGAUUUUUUCCUAAUGUGGUUUAUACUCAAGAAGAAAAGCAUUUGGUUGCUAACAAGUCAGCCUUUUUGAAACAGAAGUGCUUAGGGAGUUCUGAAUUGAAAUUUGAUUGUAGCUCUCUUCAGUCAGCAUCUCCUCAACCCCAAGAGGCUACUCGAGACUUGAGCCUUUGGAAUGAGACUGACCAAGAAGAUAACAACUGUGAAUCUAGAGAUUCUGAAACGAGUUCUGAUUGCGGUUCUUCUUUUCAUUCUCUGACUGACCAAUCUAAAGUGACUGCCAAAGAAAUAAACCAUUCCGAGGAAGUGGAUGCUGAUUUACAGUAUAAUAAUAAUAAUAAAUUUAAUGGUUCUGAAAUAAGUUCUGAUUGUGACGACUCUCUUCAGUUGGUUACCAACCAAUCCUCAGUGAUUGUUAAGGAAAUAAGUCUUCAGAAUACAACGCAUAUUAGCCUGGUUGACCAAAGUUAUGAAUCUAGUAGUUCUGAAGUGAAUUUUGAUUGUGAUGCCUCACUUCAGUCGACUAACGGCCACCCUCAACAGCCUGUAAAAGAAGUAAACCGUUCUAAGGAGGAGCACAUUGGUUUGAUUGAUAAGAACUGUGGAUCUAGUAGCUCUGAAGUAAGUGCUGAUUCUGUUUUUCCACCUCAAUCAGUGGUUGACCAACCCCCAGUGGCUGUGAGAGAAAUAAAACUUCGGAGGAAGGUUCACACUGGCUUGGUUGAUGAGUACUGUGAAUCAAGUUGUUCUGAAACAGGUUUUGAUUGUGAUGAUUCUUUUCAGUCAGGAGUUGAUCAUCCCCAAACAAUUGUCAAAGAAAGGCAUCUGAAACCAAAACAUAAGAAACGUAAACCCAGUAGUGCUAAGGCACGUCUUGAUUGUGAUGUCUCUCUUGAGACAGUGACUGAUGAACCCCAAAGGGCUAUUGAAGAAGUAAGUCUCAGAGAGGAGAGUUCUUACCUUGGGGAUAUGAAUUAUGAGUAUCAUGGUCCUGAAAUGGAUUUUCACACUGAUGCUCAAUUCAUGGCUGACCAUCCUCAAGCAGCAGUUGAAGAAGUGAACCCUCAGAAAGAAGAUACUGACCUAGACAGUAAGAGCAUUCAGUCUAGCAUUUCUAAUCUACGCUCUGAUUCUCCUGCUUCUUCUUAUCAGUCAGCUAAUGAUCAGCUUCAAGAGGCUUUGGAUGAAGUAAACAUUAAAGAGCUAAAUAUCGACACAGAAGUUAAUAGCUGUGCAUGUUCCAGUUCCAACUUGACUUUAGAAUCCGAUCCUGCUCCUCUGUCAGCUGCUGAGCGGGCUCGGCUGGGUAUUGGAAGAAAUAAAGAACGCAUUUACCUGAGAGAUGAGAGCCGUGGGUCGACUAGUUCUAACCUAACUUUUGAAUCAGUAGUUGACCAACCUUAUAUGGCUGUUUAUGAGGAAGAACCUGUUGCUGUGGAAAGUAAAAAUAAUGAAUCUUAUGUUUCUGAAAUACCUUUUGAUUUUGAUGUUCCUCUUUAUUCAGAAAAUGAUCAACUUGAAGUACCUAUUAACGAAGUGAUCAUUCAGAGUGAAGAGUAUGAAGACUCAGAAAGGGAGAAUGAUGAACCCUGUGGUUCUGAAAUAAGUUCGGUUUCUUACACCCCUCCUCAUUCAGUGACUAAUUCUCCUGAAGUAGCUGUUAACGAAGUAAUCAUUCAGAAUGAAGAAUAUGAAGACUCGGAAAGGGAGAAUGAUGAACCCUGUGGUUCUGAAAUAAGUUCGGAUUCUUACAGCCCUCCUCAUUCAAUGAUUAAUUCUCUUGAAGUAGCUAUUAACGAAGUGAUCAUUCAGAGUGAAGAGUAUGAAGACUCAGAAAGGGAGAAUGAUGAACCCUGUGGUUCUGAAAUAAGUUCAGUUUCUUACACCUCUCCUCAUUCAGUGACUAAUUCUCCUGAAGUAGCUGUUAACGAAGUAAUCAUUCAGAAUGAAGAGUAUGAACACUUAGAACGGGAGAACGAUGAACCCAGUGAUUCUGAAGUAAGUUCGGAUUCUUACACCCCUCUUCAUUCAGUGACUAAUUCUCCUGAAGUUGCUGUUAAAGAAUUCAACCCUCAACAAGAAGACCAGGUAUACUUAGAAAAUAAGGAAAAUGAACCUACUGAUUCUGAAUUAAGUUUUAAUUAUGAUAUCAUUUUUCAUUCAAUGACUGGACAUUCUGAAGAUCCCAUUGAAGAAAUAAACCUUCAGAAAGAAGAGCACAUAGACUCAGAAAACAAGGGCGUUUUUGAAACACAUGUGGACUCUGAUGUCCCUCUUCAGUCAGCGACUCACAGACCUGGAGUUGUUAAGGAAAGAAGGCAUAAAAAAGGAAGGCAUUCUGAAUUCCAAGGUAAAAGUGCUGAAUUUAGUGGUUCUGAAACAAAUUCAGAUCCUGGUGUUUCUCAUUGUUCAUUAGCUGAACCUCAAGCAGCUACUAAAAACAUCACCAGAAAGAAGCAGCAUGUUCCAGAAAAUGAGGAUGACAAAUGUAGUGGUUCUGAAAUAAUUCAGGAUUCUGAUGUUGCUUCUCAGUCUGAGAAGCCUCAAGAAGCUGUUUUGAAGGAGGACCAUAAUGACCCAGAAGAUGAAAGUACUGAACAGAGAAGUUUUGAAGUAAAUUUGGAUGUUAAUGUUCCUCUUCAUUCAGUCACUGACCAACCUCAACUAGCCCCUUUGCAGGAAAGUCAUGUUGAUCAGGAAGACAAAAACAGUGAAUCAAGCGGUUCUCGAAUAACUUUUGAUUCUUCACAACUUCAGGAUGCGAUUAAAAAAAUAAACCUAUGGAAGAAUGAGGUUGCUGUCCUGAAACUUAAGAUUGAGGAAUAUAGGGCUGCUAAAUUAAAAAAUAAUUCUGAUGAUGCUGGUCGGCCUGCGGCUGAUGGACCUGCGGCUGAUGGACCUGCGGCUAAUCGACCUGCGGCUAAUCGACCUGAAGUAGCUGUAAAUAAUUCUGACGGUUCUGCUCAGCCUGCGGCUAAUCGACCUGAAGUUGCUGUAAAUAAUUCUGAUGGUUCUGCUCAGUCUGCAGCUAAUCGACCUGAAGUAGCUGUAAAUAAUUCUGAUGGUUCUGUUCAGCCUGUGGUUGAUCAACUUGAAGUAGCUGUUAAACCAAUAAACCUUGGAAAUGAAGAGCAUAUAUAUUUCGAUAUUAAGAACUUCCAGGAGAGUUGUUCUCAAAUGCAUUUGGAUUCUGAUUUCUUGGUUCAGCCAAUAGUUGAUGGACCUCAAGUAACUCUUUUGGAGCAGGAGCACAUUGAGCUAGGAGGUAAGCACAGUCAGUCCUGUGGUUCUGAAAUAAGUUUUGAUUCUGAUGACCCUCUUCAGUCAGUGGCUGACCAGCUUAGAGAGACUGUUAGAGAAAUAAGCCUUUGGAAGGAUGAAGAAGUGGACAUGGAAGAUAAGAGGCAUGAAGCUAGGAGUUUUGGAAUUGUUUAUGGUUCUGAUGUCCUUCAGUCAAUGGCUGGUCAAACUGAAGGAGUAAAGAAGCUUAACCUUUGGAGAGAGCAUGUUGGCUUGGAAAGUGAGAUUGUUAAGCCUGGUAAUUCUAAAGCAAAUUUCGAUUCUGAUAAACCUCUUCAGUCUGUGACUAAUGAAAUUCAAAGGGCUACUAAAGAAAGUCUUCUGAGGGAUGAACGACGUGUUUAUCUGGACAAUAAGAGCUAUGAACCACAUGAUUCUGAAAUAAUUUAUGUUUCAAAUAUUCCUUUUCAGUCAGUGAUUAAGCGACCACAGAUUUUAGAAGAGAUGCAUCCUAAUUUGGAAGAUAAGAACAUUGAUCCUUGUGCUCCUGAAGUAAGCUUUGAUUCCAGUAAUCCUUUUCAGUCAGGAACUACCCAAGUUCAAAAAGCUGUCAGAGAAAUAAAUCUUUGGAAGGAAGACCAUAUUUACUUGGAAGAUAACAGCUAUAGACUAGGUGGCUUUGAAGUGAAUUGUGAUUCUGUUAUUCCUGUUCAUUUUGUGCCUGAUCAAUCUCCUGUGUCUGGCAAAGAAAUAAACUUACAAAAGAAGUAUCAUAAUGACCUAGAAAAUAAGAACUGCGAAUUCUUUGCUUCUGAAAUACAAUGUGGUUCUGGUAUUCAUUUUCAGUCAGAAGUUUGCCAACCUCAAGUGGCUUGCAAAGAAAUAAACUUUCAGCAGGAAAAGCAUCUUGGCAUGGAAGAAAAGACCGGUGAACCUAGUGAUUCUGAAAUGUGUGAUUCUGUUGGACCUUUUGAAAUAGUAGUUAACCAGUAUCCACCGUCCGUCAAAGAAACAGAUCUUCCGAAAGUAGUACUUGUGGACGUUGUGCCUGGUGAUGGUGAUUGUGACGUAAUUUCUCAUCCUGACAUCCCUUUUGAGUUAGUGACUGACCCACCUCAAAUGGCUGUCAGCGAAAUUGACUGUAUACAUGCAGAAUGUAUCCAUGAAGAAGAGGAGAGCUGUGACUCUUUUGGUCCUGAAGUAAGAUGUGUUUGUCAAGACCUUCCUCCAUCAGUGGCAAGCGAAUCUGAAGAGACUUUUAAAAUAAUAAACCGGAAGAGAGACUAUAUUAUUCUGGGGAAUUCAAAUAAUCAGUCUUGUGGUUCUGAAGUAACUAUUAAUGUUGAUGCCUCUGAUCAGUUGAUGACUUACCAGUCAGAAGAGCCUGAUCAAAAAAUGGUGAACUAUGUUGACCCAGGAAAUAAGCGCCGUAAAUCUAAUCGUCCUAAAGCCACUUCUCGGCCAGUAACUCGCCGCCGGCAGAAAGCUCGCAAGAAAGUAAGCCUUCGGAAAGAUGGGAAAGAUCUAAGAAAUACUGGCCCGAAAGGUAAGAGCUGUAAAUCUAGUGUUUCUGCCAAGGACUUUGAUGCCUCUUCUGAGUCAGUAGUACAUCAAAUGCCUGCUAAAGAAACCCGUUUGCAGUCAAAACGUAGGCAGCUAGAAAGCAUGAGCUGUGAACCUGGUAGGUCUGAGAUCAACCUUCAGUGUGAUCGCUCUCUUCAGUCUGAUACUGAUCAGCCUCAAGAAGCUGUUAAUAAAACAGACCUAUUUAAGAAGGUUUCUUCUAACCUGGAAGAAAAGAACCAUGAUCCCCAAUCAAGCUCUGUUCCCAUGGUUGAUUCUGUAAAGAGCCUGGAAAAAGCAAAGGAAGUCGUAGAAGAUAAUGCUGAUGAACCAGUUCUUGAAGCCUUGCCUCAUGUCCCUCCUUCAUUUGUGGGGAAAACAUGGUCUCAAAUAAUGAGAGAAGAUGACAUAAAAAUUAACACUCUUGUGAAGGAAUUUAGGGAAGGUCGUUUCCACUGUUACUUUGAUGAUGACUCUAAGACCAAAAAGGUUUCUUCGACUAAGAAAAAAAAGAGGGUUACCUGGGCUGACCUUCAGGACAAUGCAUCAACUCAAGCUCCAUCAGAUUGUAAUGAUACUGCAAGUAGUGUUUCAAAAAUUGUUGACUCUUCAGUGGCCUCAGAUAAACCAUGCCAUCCUCCUCCUCCAGCAGAGAGGCCUCCUGAACACGAGAGGCCACCUGAACACGAGAGGCCACCUGAACAAGAGAGACCACCUGAACACGAGAGGCCACCUGAACAAGAGAGGCCUCCUGAACAAGAGAGGCCUCCUGAACAAGAGAGGCAUGUGCCUUCUCCAUGCCAGCCUGUGAAAGUUAGCCAUGGAACCCAAACCAAUUUUGUGAAUUUCCCAAUAAGGAAAAGAAAACAAAGUAGACAAGAGGAGGGCUCACCAAAAAGUAAGCGCUUACAUUCACAGGUUAACAGAAAAGCAAAAAAGAAAGUCAAAUGUGGGACAGUUAACUUUCCUGAAUCAAGUACUACAGUUUUGAGGCCUAUGCAAUCCAAAGCCUUAUUCUAUGUUCUUUCUUCUCUAAAUAUUAAAUUGCAGGAAGGUGAAUGCCUUCACUUCUCCAAAAAGAGUUGGGAUAAUGAUAUACAGUUUAUAUGCAAAUAUAAACGGAACAAUUAUGACUCAUGGUUUAAGGACACUGUGGCUAAUCCUCCACUGAACAUAGUAGUACCAGAGUUUGACAAUCAAAACUGGGUUAAAAUUAAUGUAAACAAGAACAACGGAAACUCCAGUGCAGGAGAUAAUGAUGCUAAUGGGCAGAGCUCCUCUUCAGCACCCUCAAUGACAAUGCCUGCAAGAUCCCGAUUAAGUUCACAAAACAGGAGUGAUGACUCUUCUCUGAAAGACUCAGAGGCUCCAAAUGCUAGUGAGGUUCCAAAGGGAGAUAAUUUCCAGCUGCUUAUUUUAAAGCGUGAUAUUGCCAAUACGUCUCCAAAAUCGAUUAGAAAAGAGUCAUCAGGAAGUAAAAGUAAAAAACUUCAGAGAAGGAAGGUGACAACUGCUAAUAAGCCAGAUUUUCCCAAAAAGGUUUUAAAACCAAUUAUUCUCCAGCAAAAAACCGAAAUAGCUUCAGAAAAACAGUCAAAUUGGAUGCAGACCAAACCAAGUGAUAUAAUUAGAAAGUAUAUUUCGAAGUACUCUGUUUUUUUACGUCGUAGAUAUCAAUCCAGGAGCACUUCUAUUGGAAUGGAUCUUAAGAAGAAAAAAUCUGUUGUGAGUACGCUAAAGAACGUGAAGAGACCAGCUAAAAUUUUUUUGAACUCCUCAGUUCCACCAGCUGGUGCUGAAGAGCCGUCAAGCACUAUAUCAAGUCUUUCUCUGAAGCACCCUGUACGGGGUUUUUGCCAUGUUGCGAAAAAGAAGAAGAAUGGUAACACUGCAAGAAAAAGGAAGUAUGGUAAUAAGAAGUACAAUAGCAAAAAGGAAAGUUCUUCUGAACAUGUUAAACCAUAUUCUUUGAGAAGUCUAUCACGUCCUUCAUCACAUGCUAAGAGAAUGAAUACUCGGCUAUCAAAUAAAUUGAGAGGCAGUGAGAGAAAAUAGAAGAAGCUUUUGUAUUAAGGAUAGUUGAGGAUUCAGUACUUCUAUUGAAAUAUACUUGAUACUUAGAGCACACAGCUUUCCCAACUUUGGUGAGAAAAUUAAUCUUGAACUAUUUUGCUAUAAAUAUUAUUUUUCAAACCUUUUAUAUUCAUUUGAAAUUAGUGUUUAGAGUUCUUUUUUUUUUACAAUUCAAAAGCAACUUUUUUCCAUCAUUUUUGUAGAAGAGCUUUACCUUAAUUUAUGUCAUAAUUUAGCACAGUAUAUAGAAUUUUGUCCCUUACAUCAUGUCCCUCUUAUUUAUUUUUUGUGAUUCUUUCAUGCCAGCAAGUUAUAAUAUUUUGAGAAUGAAUAUAGCAAACUUACUAAUGCUAUCUUCUAUUGCUUUUGAAAAAUUGGAACAAUGCACACGUAUCUACAUUCUUUGUGUUGCAUAGUGGCAUUGUUGAUAUAAUAUUCUAACUGGAUAAUUAAAAAGAAAGAAAUAUAAUGAAUUAUCUCAACUUCUGAAUGGGUUGACUUAAAUUAUGACAAACAAACCAUAAUUUAUCUGUCUUUUAAAAGCAUUCCAGAGAAUGAGAUUCCAUAAUCUUGAAUCCAGUUUUUAAAAACUGCCUGGUGGUUUCAUGUAUAUAACAAACUCCUGCUUCAUUUAAAUUGGAUCUGCAAAUCUCUAACUUGUCUCAUUUGGACACAUGCAUACAUACAGUGUCUGUGAUUUUUCUUUAGCAUUAUCAGAUCCUUACGAGAAAAUGUUUUGCCAGUGUGAUCAGGCUUUUUUUUUUUAAGCCACCUUAAUCCAUCCUCUACGUGAAGUGUUGGUGUUUUAAUGUGAAAAUCCAGGUUACUUUGUGGCCUUAUUUCUUAAGAAUAUUUUAGACUUUAUCUUAUCUUUUUUUUUUAAUAGCUUGAACUAAAGUUAUUGGUUUGGUAAUAUUAUUUGAGCAGGUCAUUAAUUGUCAUUAGUAAAUUGUGUAUCUUAAUAUUUCAAAAAAUUGAGUAACCUAUGUGGAAGCCCAUUUUGCAAGUGAAAAUCUGUAUUUGUGCAUUAGUUUGUCUUAAACUUGCUAACUGAUUUUUUGAUAGUUCAAAUAAAAGAUGUGCUGAUAUGCAGUUUAAAUUUGGGGUACUAAGAUUAUAUUCAGAACCGUUAUUCAGGGCCACUGGUUGAACAGAUAUAAUCAGUUAGCAUUCAUUCGUGUUAAGCCAAGAUCCUGGAUCUUUUUCUGUCCAUGUUAAGAAGAAACAUGAAUUUCAGCUGUAUCGUGUAACUACCUUAUUUUGUUGAAACUUGGAUCAGUGGUAAACUGUAUCUUGAUUUCAGAAAUAAAAAUGUGUUAUCUUAGAAUUAAUGAAAUAAUAGUGUAAAAGCUGGCUUCUAAAUGUGGUUUUAUUUCAGGGGCCAUCAUUUAACCUGUGAGUAUGUUUUGAUGGAAUUCUGUUGUAAUUUCUUUCCUUCUAAAUUUAAACAGUAAUUAUGUUGAAAAGAUUUAUAUUUUUAGUUGCAAAGCAGCAUGUAUAGCAUUACUGCAACCUUGCCUCCUCAUUUUCUUUUCUUUUCUUUUUUUUUUGUUUUUUUUGAGACAGAGUCUCUCUGUUGCCUGGGCUAGAGUGCC